AUGUCGCUUUUUGUUUCCGAUGACGAAGACUACCUUGACGAGCCCAUGGGCUCUCCUGUCCAGGAUGAAAACCACGAAGCGAGUCCGAUGAAAAACGGCAAAGAAGCAAGUCCAAUGGAAAGUUUAGCCGCAAGAAACGUUCCUGAUAACAAUUCCAAUAACAUCGAGGCCAACCCAGUGAUAAAUCCUACAAUCUCGACUGCUCCUCCAAAUGCCACGCUAAACUUGCAUGCUGAAGCAAGAAGAGGCUCGCUGAACGAGAUCCCCGUCGUGUUUCGGGACGACGCUCGGCCCAUCAUCACGCCACAUGCCCUGUGCUCGAGCCUAGUGCUCCAGUUCCACCGUGAGAUUGCCGAAACGCUUCUCUCGAAAGAUGGAUUACUAGUCAUGGGCCAUGGGAUGGGCCACGACCAGGUGAUUGCCAAUGUUUUGCAUGCUCUAUCGUUUCGCGUGGGCAACAAGAGCCCAUUGGUGAUGGUGUUGAAUGCGAGGGAAGACGAGCUUGUGGCGCUCAACGAGGUGUUGACCGAGCUUCUGUGGAUGGAGGAGAUGGAAAGCGAGAGGAAAAGAGAAAGCGAACAAAAGAGUGGAGUUAAACAUGGAAGCGAACAAAAUGAUGGAAGCGAACAAGGAAGAGAGAAUGAUGACAUACAAAAAGACUCGGACAUGCAAAAAGACUCGGACAUUCAAAAAGACACGGAUAUGCAAAACGACACGGACAUUAACGACACAGAGGCCGAUUUCGCCAACUUCUGCCUCAAAACAGGCGACAUGACCACGCCAGCGAAAAGACGGCGCAUGUAUGCGUCUGGUGGACUAUUGGCGGUGCCGGCCAGAACAUUAUCGGUCGAUUUGCUUGCUGGAGUGGUGUCUCCCGCGGCCAUCACUGGCUUGGUGAUUUUGCACGCGGAAAGAGUGAAAGAAACACUGGCAGAGGCGCUUGUGGUCAGCUUGUACCGCGAUGGAAACGCAUGGGGCUUUGUCAAAGCGAUUCUGGACUCGCCCGAAGCGUUUACGGGCUUCACACCUCUCGCUCUGAGACUCAAAGUGCUCCGGCUUCUGAACGUCUUCCUCUGGCCUCGAUUUCAUGUGGCGGUGACGCUGCUGCUCCAGAAACACAAGGGCCAGAAGAAGAGCCAAACACUCCAUGUCACAGAGAUAAAUGUUCGCCUCACCAGACGCAUGGCCCAGAUUCAGGGCGCCGUCCUUGCCUGUAUUGAGGCGUGUCUUGGGGAGUUGAGAAGACACAAUCCGUCUCUCGAUACCGAGUAUUGGAAUGUGGAUAAUGUUCACGACGAAGGGUUUUCGCAAAGGGUCCGUCGCCUGCUUGAGCCGCAUUGGCACCGUCUUCUGUGGACCCUGAAGCAGUUGGUGCACGACGUGGCUACGUUGGCAGACUUGCUUGCAGCGUUGCUCGUUGAUGAUUCGGUGGCUUUCUAUCAGAGAGUACAGAGCUUGGUGGAAGGCGCAAGCGGAAAAAGUGCCAGUCCGUGGUUGAUGAUGGAUGAAGCUCCGGCGAUCGUGACGUAUGCGAGAGAAAGGGCACUUGGCGAUAGCGAGGUGAGAAGAAGAAAUUUACACGGAAACGAAAGAAAUCAAACUACAGGUGUAAAUGCAGACGAAUCGCCGGCUGCUACAGAGUUUCUGCCUCCCCGGUCUUCGCCUAUGUUGGAGGAGCUUCCGAAAUGGGCUCAAUUGUCUGCGGUCAUUGAAGACAUUGCACAUGAGCGGUCUCUUUCUCACACGGAAGGUGCUAUUCUUGUCAUGUGUGCCUCUGGCCGCACGGCACAGCAGCUUUCCCAUCUUCUCUCGUCGGCCAAGAGAGGCAACGGCCAAUAUCUGUUCAGACCGUAUAUGGCAAGCCGCCUCCGUGAAUAUGUGCUGUGGAAGCUGUUGACAGCAAAAACAGCGGCACUAGCGGCGGAAUUUGCUGAGCCUGAAGUUGAGCAAGUUCAAGUAUCAAAAACUUUUGCUCGGACAGGCCCUGUCAGCAAGAGGAGAAGAACCAGGGGUGAUGCGGCCGUGGCACGAGUGGAGCUGCUCCGAGGAGGGAAAAUCCAGGCAGCUCCAGAUGUGGAUCCAGAGACUUUACGAGCUGUGGAACAAGAGGUGAAAGAAGAGGGCGAGAACCAAGAAGAAACAGAAAACUUGGAAGAGACCGAGACUCUGCCUGCGGGACCAACUUCCAUUUUCGUCAGUGAUGAGAGUGACGAAGAGCAGCCGUAUCCUAGCCGGUUCAAUUCCUUCUCCCACAUCAGUCUGUCUGCUCAAAUUGUCAUUGCGGCGUACUCAGACCGUGAAGAGCUUCUUCAAGAGAUCUCACCUGCCUAUAUCAUCAUGUACGAGCCGGAUCUUUCGUUCAUCCGCCGUGUUGAAAUCUUCCAGGCUUUGUCUCGUCCAGCCAAGGUCUUCUUCAUGUACUACGGUACUUCUGUCGAAGAACAGCGGCAUCUCGUGCGAAUUCGCAAAGAAAAACAGGCUUUUACGAAACUCAUCAAAGAAAAGGCUACCUUGGGUAAACACUUUGCCUCUGAUGCCGACAACUGGAAAUUUCGGAUCAAAAAGACACAGGUGGCUAACACACGGAUUGCUGGCGGCGCGACUUUCCGGACAGAAAACGAUGAGAUGCGUGUAAUUGUCGACACUCGAGAAUUCCGCUCGUCGCUUCCAAAUUUGCUCUAUCGGGUGGGGAUCCAAGUGGUUCCAUGCAUGCUUACUGUUGGAGAUUAUGUAUUAUCACCUAAACUCUGUGUCGAAAGAAAGGCGAUUCCGGAUUUAAUUUCGAGUUUCAAAAGUGGACGCUUGUACCAACAAUGUGAGCAAAUGUUUCGUCAUUACGAAUCACCAGUGCUACUUAUUGAGUUUGACGAGAAUAAAUCGUUUUCUCUAGAGCCGUUCGCAGAGUUCAAACCUCCGACCAGCCGUGCCACCAACCCACUUUCUGCCAAAAUACUGAAACAAGAGAUCCAGCUGAAAAUUACAGAGUUGCUUGUUUCAUUUCCUCGCCUUAAGAUCCUCUGGUCCUCGUCGCCUUACGAAUCUGCUCAGAUUUUUCUUGAGCUAAAGGCUUCACAGCAUGAGCCUGAUGUAGAAGAAGCACUUUCUAAAGGCGUCAAUCCAUCUAUUACCACAAGCGACGGGCCACCAAUGAUAAAUGACGAUGUAGUGGAUAUCUUACAAAGCAUUCCUGGAAUUAACACCGUCAACUACGUUAAAAUCAUUCAGAAGGUAAGCAACAUGGCAGAGUUAGUGUGCCUUUCUCGAGAAAAAUUCGUUGAACUUUUAGGCGAAGAGAACGGAAACAAAGCAUAUAACUUUAUCAACCACGAAGUCUCUUGA